AUGGGUACACAGUCUGACCCUAGGAGGUGGUGGCGAUCAGUUUCAGAUUUUUGUACUCAAAAUGUUGAUGAUGGAGACUCAGAUGGUAUAUGUUCUAAGGAGAAGUUACACGAAUUAAAGUCAGAUGAUGAGUUUGAUGCUGGUAAAAAUUCCAAAGAAUUCAACCUGAAAACCAAAAUGCAAAACUUCCAAUUUGUUCUUGGCAUGGAAUUUGCCACUGUUAAAAUUUUAAGGAAUGCAAUAAGGGAGUACUUUAUUGAAGGUGAUCGAGAAUAUGUAUUUAUUUCCAUUGAUUCAAAUAGAGUUAGAGUUAAGUGCAAGGGUGCAAACUGUGAAUGGAUGUUGUUUGCUUCAAUAGUUAACAAGACAGAUGCCAAGACAAUGAGGGUCAAAACACUUGUUGACAAGCAUAGUUGUGGCAUUGUUUUGGACAAUAAAAAGCUGACCUCAACUUGGCUUGCAAAGCACUUUUUGGAGCAAUUUAGGCUAAAUCCAAGUAUGGAAUACAAUGCAUUUAGGGAGAUAACUGCAAAGACCAAGUACUCACGUGUGUCUAGCUGGACAUUUUACAGAGCCAAGAAAAAAGCAAGGAAGAUGUUGGAAGGGUCUGUCAAGGAACAAUACGCCAUUCUUGAUGAUUACUGUAAAAGGUUGUUGGCUACCAAUCCUUGCUCUACUGUGAAGUUGAAAAAUGAUUUGGAUAAUGGGAGAAGGAAAUUUCAGCAUAUUUAUAUUUGUCUUAAGUCAUUGACGGUAAUAACUCCAUGUGUUCCCAUUGCCUACUGUGUUCCUGAAAAGGAAAACACUGAGGUUUGGACUUGGUUCUUGGAGCUAUUGAAGGAUGAUCUUGGGAAUUUGAGUCCUACCAAGGUGACAAUGAUGAGUGAUCAUCAAAAAGGAUUAGAAAAUGCAGUGGGAGCCAUCUUUAGUGGGUGUGAGCAACUUUUGUGGGCAGCAGCUAAUACUACAACACAAGCUGAGUUUGCUCGAGCAAUGCAAGAAGUCAAGGAUGUCUCAGAUGGUGCUUACAAUUGGCUGACAGGGAAGAACCCCACAGAAUGGAGUAAGUCACAUAUUUCAGAGUACCCAAAAUGUGACAUUUUGGUGAAUAAUUUGUGUGAGAGUUUCAAUGAAGCCAUACUUGAUGCUCGCGACAAGCCAAUUAUAACUUUACUAGAGAAAAUUAGAUUUUGGUUGAUGUCUCGGUUUUAUAACAAAAGAGCUGAGUUGGAGAAGAUGACUCAACCUGUGGGGAAGAGAAUUUUGAAGAUAAUUGAGAAGCAAAAAGAGGUUGCAAAGCAUUGUCUGGUUACUAGGUUUGACAAGUUUCAGUUUCAGGUUCAAUGCAGCAAUGGUAGUGCCUUGGUUGUUGAUUUAGAAUUCAGAACUUGUACAUGUAGGAGGUUUCAACUAUCUGGGCUUCCUUGUGGCCAUGCACUAGCUACUAUCUGGUUCAUGGGAGGUAAUGUCUUUGAUUAUGUCCACGGAUUCUAUAAAAAAGAAUCAUUGCAAAAAGCUUAUGAAUAG